AUGAGUCGUGAAAGGUUUAAGUUUUUAUUGGAUUGUUUACGUUUUGAUGAUAAAGACACGAGGGACGAAAGAAAAAAAUCGGAUGCAUUGGCGGCUAUCCGAGAUAUUUGGGACGAAUUUAUAAAUCAGUGCAGAAAUUUGUAUAGACCAAGCUCUUACGUCACUAUUGACGAACAACUAUUAGGUUUUCGAGGAAGAUGUCCCUUUCGAAUGUACAUACCAAAUAAGCCGUCAAAAUAUGGGAUAAAAAUAGUUUUCAUAUGUGAUGUUUCAUCAAAAUACAUGUUCGACGCCAUGCCCUACUUGGGCAAAAGCACAAACACGAAUGGAAUGCCUUUGGGCGAAUAUUAUGUAAAAACAUUGUGUGAAACAAUUUUAGGAUCAAAUAGAAAUAUCACAAUGGACAAUUGGUUUACGUCCGUCAAACUAGCUGAUGAUUUAUUAGCUCCACCUCACAAGCUUACUAUGGUUAGUACUGUAAGAAAAAAUAAACGGGAGAUUCCAGCAGAAAUGUUAGCAACUAAGAAUCGCGAUCCAGGUAGCUCUAGAGUUUGUGUUGACGAACAAAAAGUGCUUGUCUCCUAUACACCCAGACAGAAGAAAAACGUUCUACUUUUAUCAACAAAGCGCGAAGGAUGUAGUAUCUCAAAAACUUUAGGAAUACCAAAAAUUAUUGAGACAUACAAUAGAUAA